CACUAAUGCCUAAAAUACAGGGAGAUACUAGUUUAUUUUAUUUACUACCAUAGUAUACGCAAGUUUGUUCUAGAAAGUUUAUCCGAAUGCGCACAGAACCUUGGAGAACUGUACAUGGCCUCAUUCGUAGUCGAGAGAAACAGAAACAUGAAGAUGCAGUGUUAACUCCUAACUGCGUAAAAUUAACCGCAGUGCAUGCUGUACUACUGUAAUCAUUCCGUGGCCACCCCCUGCUGCUGUUUCGGUGAGCUCAGGUUUAGUAUGUGCUUCGCAUGGCGUGUGCUGCCCUCAUCUCCGUGUUAGCACUUCGUGGCUAGUAAAUCUCAAAUGGCAGUACAAAGUGGUCCCCUGGUUCUCACGCAUUUUUCGUCGUGUUUGGUGCCAUGUCGUAAACCUUGAAUAACACCAGGGAACCCACACGAAAUGCCACUAGUGGUUCUGGAAGUGCUCCCAAGAAGCAGAGGAAAAUCAUGACAUGACAAGAAAAGGUUGAAUUGCUCGAUAUGUAGAUUAAAGUCGGCAGCCGCGGUUGCCCGUCAUUUCAAGAUGAAAUGAGUCCAGUGUGAGGACCAUUGUUAAAAAAGAAAAGGAAAUCCAUGAAGCCGUUGCAGCAGCUGCACCAGCAGGGGCAAAGACCUUGCACUUUUUGCUAAAUACUUUUUUAUCUCGUAUUGAAAAUGCAGCUUUUAUGUGGGUGCAGGAUUGCUAUGAGAAAGGCAUCCCUAUAGGUUCUAAUACGAUCCGAGAAAAAGCAAAGUCGUUACACGACAACUUGAAGCAAAAGGAAGACGAAGGAACUAAAGCUGGAGAAUUUAAUGCCAGCAAAGGAUGGUUUGAUAAUUUUAGAAAGAGGUUUGGCUUAAAAAAUCAGGAUGGCAGGAGAAGGAGCUUCUGCCGACUCAGAGGCCAUUGAUAAGUUCCCACGUCAAGAGCUCCUAGACUGCAUACCAGAGGAGUUAGCUGAAGGCGCCUCUGUGGGGAUGAGAGCUUCUGGACCAGUGCCACAUGAGGAAGAUGUAGAAGAAGCAGGGCUAGAAAACAUGUUGACGUUAGACAACCUGGCAGAAGGUUUUCGAUUAUUCAAGACGGGCUUUGACUUCUUUUACGACAUGGACCCUUCGUGAUUCGGGCACUGAGACGCAAGCAGGUGAUGGAAGAGGGCUUGGUGCCAGACAGAAAUAUCUUUAGAGAAAUGAAAGAGUGAAAAUGUCAGACAGAAAUUACGAUGUAUUUCCCUAAAGUUAGGCCAAGUGUGCCUGCCUCGCCUGCCUGCCCUUCCGCCGCCUCCACCUGUCCAGCGCCCCCCCCCCCGCCCCGCACCCCUGAGACCGCCAGACCAGCCCGGGGCCUCCUCGUCCUCAGCCUACUCAGCAGGAAGGUGACAAGGAUGAAGAUCUUCCCGCUGACCCGCUUCCGUGUAAUAAAUAGUGAAGAGUCAUUGUGGUGUACGGUUAAACUUCCCUGUUGUGUGUGUGAGCGAGUGUCUUCAUGUGGAAAUCCUGUAACUGUACAGCAAGAACUGUAGGGGACGCUUUGUGCCAUCAUCCUCUGCCUGGGCGUUCACCCUGUAGAACAUGUGCAAGAGGCCUUUGGAAGUGGGUAGCCUGUCCUUAGAGGCUGUCAGCCUUUUUUGUGUUUGGUGUCAGUAACAUAGAUACUAUCUACCGUGUUUUGUGUCCUCCAAGACAGUGUUGAUGAGGCUACUGACAAUUCAUCUUGGAAACAAGGCCGCCCUCCUCCGAGCCGUGCCACGGUUGGCAGGCCCAGCUGCCUGGAGAAGGCCUGCAUGUGGGCUGUGGUGCCGCACCGGGCAGGAUCCUGGGAGGUGGAUGGGGAGCAGGACCCCCACCCCGAAGGAGAAGCCUGCAGGCACAGACGUGGAGCAGUUCCAGAUGGUCUACCGGUUCGAUGCUAUCCGAAUCUUCAAGUACCUGUCCCGGCUGAAGGUGACGCAGACGGCGCUGACGCUGCUGGCCCUGCCGCCUGGCUUCUAUGGGUAUUCACACGGCCUCGUGACUCUCGGCAACUUGUGCCUGGCGGGUGGGGUAGCCGGCUUCGCCCUGGCCAUGCUUUUCUGGAUGAGCCACUUUUUCCGGAGGCUGGUGGGCAUCCUGUAUGUGAACGAGGCGGGCACUGUGCUGCGUGUAGCCCACCUGACCUUCUGGGGCCGGCGGCAGGACACGGACUGGCCCGUGGCCGAUGUGAUCCCCCUGACGGAGAGCAAGGACCGGCCCCAGGAGCUGUUCGUGCGCAUCCAGCAGUACGGCGGGAAGCAGACCUUCUACCUCAGCCUGCGCUACGGACGCGUCCUGGACAGAGAGCGUUUCAUGCAGGUGUUUGGGAUGCUGGACACCCUCAAGUGAGCUGGGAGCCGGGCCUCCGGGUGGCCCUGGGCCACCCGGAUCUCCAGCAGGAAGGCCGAGGGUGUGGGUGAGGCCACAGCGGAAUCAGGCCGCUGGAGACCUUGCCAGGGUCUCCAAACCCUUGUCUUUUGGGAUGAGGAAAUGAUGAGGCAGGAGCUAGUGACUGGGUUUAGGAAAGAGGUCCUUAGUACAGAUUCUUACUGUAUUUGUAUGCGACAUUCAGCCAGAUGAUGGCCAGAACUUUCUGUUAACUGCCAGUUCUUGGAUGAAGCUACGUCGGGUUCACUCAAGUGGUGCCGUGCUGAGAAAUCGGAAGGUGGGGAGGUGCGCGGUGGGGAGCCCAGGAUUCAGAGUGAAAACCCUCGGGUGCUGUCCGUUCUCAACUCCCGGUCCUGCAGCAGGUUAUCAAGUCUCGCUGAACCUUGGUUGUCACAUCCGUGAAAGGUAAAAUCCUGCUUGUCACAUGGGACGGGUAUGAGACUAAACAGUAAAUGUCAAGGUCACUGCAGAGGUCAGGGUGUGCUGCAAGGCUUCCAGGCAGUCAGGAGGGAUGUCCCGAGCCCUGUGCCUGGCCCCCUCAGGGGCUUACCCCGAGAAAGGACUGGGAAGAAGCCUAGAUAGAGGGGGGUCAUUUGACCCCGCCGGGAUGGUGACCGCACAGUGACUGGGACAGGUGUCGGCCCGGUGUCGGCCCGGUGAGCAUAGCACUCCUGCUGAGAUUGUGUUUGACACCCAGACGUCUGCGGGUCCUCCUGUGGGAACGCCCUGCGAUGUGAUAAAGUGAGAUGAACUGUAUUCUGGUACCUUAUUUUAUAAACCGAAGCUGAUUAUAUGCACUGCCCUUCCCUGCAGUCAGUGCUACAUGUCUGUUACAUAGUCGGUAACAGUACAGAGGAGGGAAGGCGUGAUCUCUCUUAUUCUGCCUCUCAGAAGUCAGUAACUGCAUGUUUCGAUGUGCGGACUUCUAGCCUUUUUUAUUGUAAAAUAUACAGAAUGUAAAUUUAUCCUUUUACCAUUUUCUAGUGAACAGUUUAGUGAUACUAACCAUGUCUACAGCGUUGUACAACCACCGCCUCUGUCCAUUCCAGAACUUUUUUGUCAUCCCAGGGAGAAACUCUAUUCCCAUUAAACAUGACUCCCCAUUCCCCCUC